ACCAACACCAAUUCUAAGAGGCUACUUCGUUAUCAACUUAUCGGCGACAACUGAUUGUGACUGCAUGAAGUACUCGGCGCCUCCGCAGUCGGAAUAAGGGCCCUUUCGAAGAAGCCAAAAAACCCCCGCCGUGGAAAAGCAGAAAAAUGACCCCGCAACCCUGAUAUCAGAUGCAGUACCGUUCAUCUGAUAGUCAGGCCACACGGUACAGUCUCUCGUAUGCUAGGGCAUAUUGCACAGUUCAUAUUGGCCGUGCACGGUACUACCGUUCUUUGACUAAUCCAGGACACCACCUAGCGACCGCCGAGUCAAAAAGUCUGGGUCUAACAUCACCUUGGAGAUCUUAAAAACGUUCUGUCCCUCAUCUUUCCUUACUCUCUCGUUCCCCUCCCCUCUCAUUGAUUUUGCCUUUCUGUUGUCUAUUCACUCGCCAUGGCGCCCGCGACCCUCAUGAUCGAUCCCAGUGACGACUUCGUCAUGCCUGUCACAAAGUCUGUCCAAUCUACCUCGCCACCCAAGCGAACGCUUCUUCUGGCGCCUCCUUCUCUUGCUUCCAAUUCCGACGCGCUCACAUCUAUCCUCGCCGAUUAUGAUCGCUCCGUCACCGAUCUCCAGAUGCUUGACCGUCUCUCCCUGGGAUUGGUCACAUUACCUCCUUCCACCUACGACCUUGUCUUGGUCCUGUCCGAUGCCUCUUCUAUGUUAGGCGAAUCCCUUGCUUUGAUGAACCGAACUGUCCUUGGAUCUCUCGCCGAGUCCCUAAAGCCUAGCGGUCGUCUACAGUCUCAAGAUGGCAACAGCCUGGAGGAGUCCACUUUGUCAAAAGAAGCAGUUUUGGCCGGGUUGAUAUCAUCGCGGGGUGGUUUUGAGAAACCCGACUACGGUGAGAAUGACGGAGCCAUUACUCUGAAGUUUGGCAAGAAGAAAUCCCAGCCCGCUUCUCUCGCAGAUGGCUCUGUCCCUCUGAACCUGAAGAGGAAGCCCACUGAGGCGAAACCGAAACCAGCGGUCCCUGCCGGCGUCGGCUUCAUCGAUCUUGAAGACGACCUUGAGGACGACGAUCUAAUUGACGAGGAUACUCUCAUGACUGAAGCGGAUCUGGCGAGACCCAUCAAUAUCCCUGCGGAAUGUCUACCCAAGGCUGGCAAACGUCGUCGGGCCUGCAAGGACUGCACAUGUGGUUUGGCCGAACGUCUUGCUGCCGAAGACGCCGAUAAGCGCGCAACCGCCGACAAAAAACUUGAGAGCAUUAAACUGGCAACAGACGACCUGGCCGAGAUCGACUUCACCGUGCAAGGUAAGGUUGGCUCAUGCGGCAACUGUUCCCUUGGCGACGCUUUCCGUUGUGACGGAUGCCCUUAUAUUGGGCUUCCUCCCUUCAAGCCAGGUGAAGAAGUUCGCCUGCUCAAUAACGAUGUGCAACUCUAAAGUUUGGCUUAUACAAUCUUUCUUUCUUCAUGGGCAACGAUGGCGCAGCACUGCAGGCGUAAAUACAAGCUUUACUUGAUAGGCGGACUGUUUGCUUUGGAACAUGGAACACGAUACACAGGCUGCAAGCCACACAAGGAUCUCGGGGCAAGGUUUCACGGAGGGCUCAGAUCUACAUACGGAGUUUGUCGGCGUAGGAUUACCAACUUAGAUGAUGACAAAAUUGAUUUGAUUCGCGAGAUGAAUGAGGAAAACGCCAGACCUCCCAAUUGUGACAGAACCAACCACUUUAUGCAAAAGAACCAGGGCGCCAGCUAAAUAUACAACCAGAGAAAUCGUAUUCAGGGUGGAAACGAGGCCCGUUCAUGACCUCGGCUUGAAAUUAUUCGGCGUACUUGGUGACAAACUUCUCGCUACUGUCAUGAUUCGCUGGAAACCUAGCACUGUUGCUGGUUCCCGGUGUUGUUACAUGCAAAUCGUCCAGUUCGCUUUCAUCAAAAGCCGCCGACUCAAGAUCACCAGGCUGUGACUUGGCUCGGUGGCCGUUGGGUUGACUGGAAAGAUCGUGAUCAGCCAAAGCAGAAUAGGCAGCGCCCCUGCGACGUUCACGCCAUAUCCAGUAUCCCCAGACGAUGACACCAAUGAUGACGAUGACCAGAACAAUUUCGCCAGACUUGUAGUAUGCUGCCCACUUGGCCUCGUCCAACUGCUUUUGGUGUUCCUCGUCGGCGGUCUUAGUACUGUUCUUGGCGUCGCCAACGCUGGUCUUUGGCCCCUUCUCGCCAUCAAUGCGACUGUCAGCAGGGUCGCCGCCAACUCUGCUGAUAUCAACGCCCAUGAAGCGGUCCAGCAUAUCUCGGCUUCUUCGUGGAAGGUCGAAAGGGACCAUGUGGGAGGAGUUAUAGACAAGAACAUAUGUCAAGUUUCGGGCCUCUUGCCAGAAACCAGCUGUCUCGUCCUCAAAAGUCCAGUCACGCCGAGGAGCCCAGUUGCCGGGUGUUACUUCGAAACCCUUCCCACCGUUCCACUCCAUCUUGCUAAGCAUGUUUUCGGUUCCAAUGUGGUUGCAAAUGAGAUCCUCAGCUCCAGAGAAGAGCAUGAUAGGAACCUCCUUAAGGAGAGCGGGCAGGAGAUCAACCGAGGGUUUAGACUUCCUUGCGUUGAAGGCACCUCCAACAGCACCGUUACACUCAGUCCAACCGACAGAUUUUUUAAUGCCAUCGACGUGAAGGGCUUUCGUAACCUCGGGCUUUCUCAAGUAAGGAGUUAGGUGCACCAGAUCCGGAGGCCAGUUCAUGCCGCAGCUAGGGUAUGAAUCUUUCAGUCGCACAUCGUACAUGUUAACGCAUGCAUUAUCGCCGUCACCGUUCUUGGUUAGUCUGAGCAUGUUUGACAAGAUAGCUUCGCAUUCGCCGUAAUCAACAUGGCCGACAUCCGAGGCCAUCAUUCUUUGACAAUUGCGCAGAUCGCCUUGCAGUUGCUUGUGCUCGUCGGAAUCCUUCUUGAUCAGACCCUUCUGUAUGGCAAAUGUAAUAUAAGCGGGAUACUGUUCGAUUGGGUCGAUCCAGCCAUUGCCGAUCAAUAGUCCUUUCAGGUUCCAUGCGGUUGCAGGAUUCUUCAUGUUGCGAUCGAGAAUAGCCCUGGCGAUGUAUGGGAUAUGCUGUCCAGCGUAAGACUCGCCUGCGAUGUAUAUCUGCGUUGUUCUUAGCAAAUUGAAAUGCCCAAAAGGAAGAGGCUGCUCACAUCAUCGCGAUCGUACUGGGGAAACAGAGCGAACCACUUCUCAAGGAAUUUGACAAAUUGAUCCGCCAUUUCUUUGAGUUCGUGUAUAUAGUUAUUGGUGUCAACCGAGCUGAAGCCGGUGCCUACAGGGUUAUCGACGAACAGCAGGUUGGCGAAUUCGUUCCACGAGCCAUUGUUGUAGACCAAAUGGUCUUGAUCCUUGAGCCGAUAGGGGCCGAUUUCCAUCAUGGAGCCAUCUUCUGAACUGCAGCCUGGUCCACCAUUGAUCCAAAUAACGGUCCGUUGUCUAUCAGCGAUGUGUUGGUUCUCAAAAUGCCAAAAGAACAAGUUCCCAUGAGUAUCUGGGGUGACUUCGAUGUGACUAAAAGGGACGCGGAUGCGUCAGUAAGCCUGGAGCAAAGGGAGGAAGCAGUUUGUCUAACCCAGCGUGCAUCUUGACAUCGGGCCCAUCGGUGGGCAAACCCGGAAGGUCGCGAACAUAGUAGUCGGCAGCUGCAGCUUUUGUUGCGGUCGCAUCGUUUACAGCGAUGGCUAAAGUUGGUGCGAGGCAGAAGGAGACAAGGGCGGCCCAUCGUCUCGGGGACGGAAUCAUGGAUUUGAGGACCAUGAUGAAGUUGCGGACGAAGGACGCCGCGGGUGACGUUAAAGAACACAGAAAGGAAGGGCGAGUACUUAUAAGAGGACGGAAUGUUAAGAUCAAACAGACAAAGAAUUGAAGGUCCUCCUCGUCGUCGACGACAUGGAAAACAAUCAGAGUUGCUGUUGGAAUGAAGGUGCCUUGGUUGAUAAAGGGACAAUCCAGCCAGUACUUGGGACCUAAGUUACGUUAGUCCAGGAGAGAUGAGGUGGCCCCUCGGGACCCCGGGACGGUUUAUAGUGGGGACCAUGCUAGCUUCCGUACUGUCGCUCGUCGCAGCUGUGGCUUGGUGCUUUACUUCUGGUUGUAGUGGAUGAGGUAGGAAGGUAAUUCCUCCAGGCAAGGGGUGCAUUUGCCUCUAAUUUGGACUACCUACUCCUUUGAUGUCCGUAAGAACCACGCAUUUUCUUCUUCUUCUUCUUCUU